AUGGCGUUUACCAAUUACAGCACUCUCAACCGGGCUCAACUAACCUUUGACUACCUUCACACGAAUUCAACUACCCAUGAAUUUCUGUUUGGCGCUCUUGCUGAACUGGUUGAUAAUGCGAGAGAUGCUGAUGCAACCCGGAUAGAUAUUUAUACUGAAAGGCGAGAGGACCUUCAAGGAGGAUUCAUGCUUUGCUUUCUGGAUAACGGAGCAGGAAUGGAUCCAAACGAUGCCAUCAGUGUGAUCCAAUUUGGGAAAUCAGCCAAGCGAUCACCAGAGUCCACCCAGAUCGGGCGGUAUGGGAACGGGCUAAAAUCGGGCUCAAUGCGUAUCGGGAAGGAUUUUAUCCUCUUCACUAAGAAAGAACACACCAUGAGCUGCCUCUUCAUGUCUCGAACCUUUCAUGAGGAAGAAGGCAUUGACGAAGUGAUAGUCCCUUUGCCUACUUGGAAUACGCAGACUCGAGAGCCUAUCACAGACAACAUGGAGAAGUUUGCCAUCGAGACAGAACUCAUCUACAAGUAUUCGCCCUUCCACACUGAGGAAGAAGUGAUGACCCAGUUCAUGAAGAUUUCUGGGGCGAGUGGAACCCUGGUGAUCAUUUUCAAUCUCAAACUCACAGAAAAUGGAGAGCCCGAACUAGACAUAACCUCAAAUCCAAAAGAUAUCCGGGUGGCAGAGAUCUCCCAAGAAGGCGUGAAGCCAGAGCGCCACUCUUUCUGUGCCUACGCUGCUGUGCUGUAUAUUGACCCUCGGAUGAGGAUUUUUAUUCAGGGGCACAAGGUGCAGACCAAAAAGCUCUCCUGCUGCCUGUAUAAGCCCAGGAAGUACACGUUCACGUCAAGCCGUUUCAAGACCAGAGCAGAACAAGAGGUGAAGAAAGCCGACCAGGUCGUGCGGCUCGCUGAAGAGAAGGCCCGGGAAGCAGAGAGCAAAGCCCGUACGCUGGAAAUACACAUAGGCGGAGACAUCACACGGGACUCCAGGGUGAUGCUGCGUCAGGUCCGGAACACAGCCAUCACCCUCCGAAGAGAAGCCGACGUCAAGAAAAGGAUCAGAGACGCCAAGCAGCAAGCGCUCAAAGAACCUAAGGAGUUGAAUUUUGUUUUCGGGGUCAACAUUGAGCGCCGUGACCGUGACGGCAUGUUCAUCUACAACUGCAGCCGCCUGAUCAAGAUGUAUGAGAAAGUGGGCCCGCAGCUGGAAAAGGGCAUGGCCUGUGCUGGGGUUGUCGGCGUCAUUGAUGUGCCCUACUUGGUCCUGGAACCUACACACAACAAGCAAGACUUUGCUGAUGCCAAGGAGUACCGCCACCUUCUGCGGGCCAUGGGAGAUCACCUGGCACAGUACUGGAAGGACAUCGCCAUCGCCCAGCAGGGAAUCGUUAAGUUCUGGGAUGAGUUUGGCUACCUUUCCGCUAACUGGGACAGACCCCCAUCUGAUGAGCUGCAUUUCAAACGCAAGAGGGCCAUGCAAGUCCCAACCACCAUACAGUGUGGUUUGUGUCUAAAGUGGAGAACCCUCCCGUUCCAGUUAAGUGCUGUAGAAGAAGGCUACCCAGACAACUGGGUUUGCUCCAUGAACCCCGACCCCGAACAGGCCCAGUGUGAGGCUUUUGAACUGAAGCAGAAGAUUCCUCUGGGGAUAUUAAAAAAGGCCCCAAAGACACAAGAAGAACGGCAGAAACAACUGACGGAGAAGAUCCGCCUGCAGCAGAGGAAGCUUAAGACCCUUAAGACAAUCAAACCCAUCCGUUCCCAAAGUGAUCUACAAAAGUUACCCUUGGAAGUGACUGCCAGACCUUUCUCCAAAUAUCCUACUCACCGAUCUCAGGCUCCUCAGCCUUCUUUCCGUGCAGUGAAAAAGAAUGCCCGAAGAAGACCCCAGUGCACGCACGCUCCUAGGCCGCUCAGACAGCUCCAAAGGUCUUCUAUCAUCUGCACCAACCCAAAGUCUCCUGUUCUGGCAGACCAAACAGAGGCCAUGCUGCUCCAGCCACCUGAGACACCCCAAAAGCCAGUGAGCCCCCUGGUCAAAACUAUUCCCCAACCCACUCCUCUGGUACAAUCCCUGUCACCAGCAGUAGUCCCCAACUCCAACAACCUUUGGAAGGUUGUAACCCCUAAUGCCAUGAACACUGCAGUGGUCGAGAUGCCAGAUCCACCUGUUAAGCCCUCACUGGUUAAGUGUGCUCGUAAGCGGAGUCUUCGGGUCUCUGAUGAAGUAGACAGGAAGAAGAGGACCUGUAAACGGGGCAGGUUUGCUGUGAAGAAGGAAAAGCUUCUAGCAAAUGAGCUCUCAGACAGCGCUGAGGAAGAGAAUCCAGCUGACCUCAAGACGGCUCAGAAAGAUAAAGGGCUGUAUGUGGAGGUGCGCGUGAAGGGAGAGUGCUACAAGGGCCACGUCACAGCCGUGGAGGUGGGUAACAAUGUGGUGUGGUGGAAGGUCAAGUUUGAGGAUGUGCCCAAGGAUAGCACACCGAGAGACUGCUGGGUGGAAAAGGGCAGUGAAAAUGUAUGGCUGAUGAAGCCAUCUCCAGAGUACCAGAUUACUGACGAACAGCAAGAGGAUAUAAAGGUGGGGGAGGACACUGUGGUCCAGCAGGCUUUGGCACUGCAGGGGGCCUCCACCUCUCAAUGCUUCUGCACUGAACCGGACACUACAGCCCCAAUGGCCAACCACAAGACCAUCGACCUCCUAGUCCAAAUCCUGUGGAACUGCCUACGUUAUUUCAUGCCCCUGAGUUUCCCCAUAUCCAAGAAGGAGCUAGGUGCUAUGAAUUCAGAAGAAUUACUGUCUCUCCCCCUGAAAGAGUGCUUCAGGCAAUAUGAAAUCGGACUCCAGAAUCUCUGCCAUUCCUACCAAAGCUGUGCUGACUUGCAAGCCAAGGCCUCUGAGGAAAGCCUACGCAUCUCCCAGAAAAAACUCCAGGAAACAGAGGAGAAACUCCAGAAGCUGAGGACCAACAUCCGGGCGCUCCUGCAAAAGGCUCAGGAGGACAUCAACAUCAACGCCGACGAUGAGCUGGAUGCCUACAUUGAAACUCUCGUCAGCAGCGAUGACUGA